AUGGAACUCACCUGUGAGAUCAACCUUGUCUUCCUCUUGGUGAUCAAUAUGAAGAUGACAUUCCGCAGGACAGAGGAGACAAAAACCACCAGGUUCGUGGAAUCCAGGCCGGAAAAGGACUUCCAGCAGCUAUCCCAACGAGUUGAAACUCUGCAGCAAGAUUUCAAGAACAGCCAGGAGUCCAUACAGCAUGACCUUCAGAGCCUCAGAGCAGAGCUGAAGAACCAGCAAGUGAUGUCGGAAGUACAUCGCUACAAAAGUAAGCAUAAGGAAGACUAUAGAGGGGAUGUCACCCUGGAUGCUGACACAGCUCAUCCCAGAUUGGAAAUCUCUGCAGAUGGGAAGAGAGUGAAAGAUACUGGUGUCAUCAGAGACUUGCCCAGCAAUGAGAAGAGAUUUGAUUCCCAUAUGUUUGUGUUGGCAAAGGAAGGAUACAUAUCUGGAAAAUGCUACUGGGAAGUAGAUGUUCAGAGAAGAAGAAGCUGGGCCUUGGGUGUUGCCAGGGAAUCUGUGACCCGCAAGGGGCCGUUGACUCUGUCCCCUCAGAAUGGCUUCUGGGUCAUUGGGUGUGCAGAUGGGAGAGAAUAUUGGGCCUACACAGAUCGUUGGACCCAUCUGAGUGUGAGUGGGCAGCUGAAAUUCGUUGGGAUCUUCCUGGACAUCCCAGCCAAGCAGGUGUCUUUUUAUGAUUUCCUUAAUGGAGAAUCUCUAUACACUUUUAACAUUGCUGAUGGCAGCAACCAGGAAGGGAAAUUCAUUCCCUUCUUCUCUACAGGUCCUGCUGCUGUAGAGCCUGACCCUGAGCCUCUGGUAAUAGUGUAG